AUGGGCGGGAGGGUGCGGUUGCCCCAUGUCCUCGCUCCAGAUGUUUGCGCCUGCAACUGCCCUGAGCCCCAGCCGGCAGAGGCCAGGGUCGAUGGGAGUGGUGGGCGCAAGCAGCUCGACGUGGCCGGGAGUUCCGCGGGAGAGCCCCGAGGCGGCCUCCGGGAGGCAGCUCGGGUCCCUGGCCGCGCGGCCCCGCCGCUCUCGCUUCCUCUCCGGCGCAGCCCGCCCGGGCCCCUCCCCGCUGCCGCCCGCCCGCCUGCCCGCCCGCCUGCCUGCCUGCCUGGCCCCGAGGGGACUGAGGGCCGGCGGAGCGCUGCCGCCACCCCCGCGCCCGCGCCCGCGCCCACGCCUCGGCGGGCAGGCGGCCUCCCCGCUCCGGACGGAGGGAAGCGCGCGGGCCCCGGCGGCGGCUCCUGGAGCGCCGCCGAGCCAGCGGGCGGGAUGCGGCCCCUUCGGGCGCGGAGCUGCCACCGCCUCCGCCUCCACCUCCGCCACCGCCUCCUGCUCGCGCUGCUGCUGGCGCUGCUGCCCGAGCUCAGCCGAGGUUUUCGAUGUAGCCAGUCUUCCGAAUGCUGCUUGAACGGAGGAAAGUGUGAACCCUAUCCCAAUGGAACAGAAAUGUGCUCGUGCCCCGGCAACUUCGUCGGCAACCGGUGUCAGCUGCCGAACCCGUGCCGCAGCUCCCCGUGCAAGAACGCCGGCACCUGCCGCCCCGUCGUCCGUGGCAAUGUCGCAGACUACACCUGCGCCUGCCGCUUGGGCUUCACCGACAAGCUGUGCUUGACGCCCGAGGACAACGCCUGCCUGAGCAGCCCCUGCCGCAACGGAGGGACCUGCGACCUUCUCACCCUGACGAACUACAAAUGCCGCUGCCCCCCAGGGUGGUCAGGCACGACCUGCCUGCAAGCCGACCCCUGCGCCUCGAACCCCUGCGCCAACAACGGCCAGUGCGUGCCUUUCGAGUCGGACUACUUCUGCAAGUGCCCGCCGGGCUUCCACGGCGCCACCUGCAAAGAGGACAUCAACGAGUGCAGCCGCAGCCCGUCCACCUGCAAGAACGGCGGCACCUGCGUCAACGACAUCGGCUCCUUCCAGUGCCACUGCCGGCCGGCGUACACGGGCCCCACCUGCGAGCACCUCUACGUGCCCUGCAACCCCUCGCCCUGCCAGAGCGGAGGCACCUGUCGCCAGACCGGAGACACCACCUACGAGUGCACCUGCCUCCCAGGGUUUGCUGGUCAGGACUGUGAGCAGAACCUUGAUGACUGUCCGGGCAACACCUGCAAGAAUGGAGGCACCUGUGUGGAUGGGGUGAACACCUACAACUGCCAGUGCCUACCUGAAUGGACAGGCCAGUACUGCACAGAAGACGUGGACGAGUGCCAACUGAUCCCCAACGCCUGCCAGAAUGGUGGCACUUGCCACAACACCCACGGGGGCUACAAUUGUGUCUGCGUCAACGGCUGGACAGGCGAGGACUGCAGUGAGAACAUCGACGACUGUGCCAGCGCCGCCUGCUUCACUGGAGCCACUUGCCACGACCGCGUGGCCUCCUUCUACUGUGAAUGCCCCCACGGGCGUACAGGUCUGCUGUGUCACCUGAACGACGCCUGCAUCAGCAACCCCUGCAACGAAGGGUCCAACUGCGACACCAACCCCGUCACGGGGAAAGCCAUCUGCACCUGCCCGUCGGGCUACAUGGGGCCCGCUUGCAACCAAGACGUAGACGAGUGCGCGCUGGGUGCCAACCCUUGUGAGCACGCCGGCAAAUGCAUCAACAAGGACGGCUCCUUCCUGUGUCAAUGUCAGCAAGGCUACUCCGGCCCGCGUUGCGAGAUCGACGUGAACGAGUGCUCCUCGAACCCGUGCCAAAACGAUGCCACCUGCUUAGACCAGAUUGGGGUUUUCCACUGCAUCUGCAUGCCAGGGUACGAGGGCGUUUACUGCGAAAUCAACACGGACGAAUGUGCCAGCAGCCCCUGCCUGCACAACGGAAACUGCGUAGACAAGAUCAACGAAUUCUCCUGCGAGUGCCCCAUAGGCUUCAACGGCCACCUCUGCCAACACGACGUUGACGAAUGUGCCAGCACGCCGUGCAAGAACGGAGCCAAGUGCGUCGACGGACCCAACAUGUACACGUGUGAAUGCACCGAAGGUUUUUCUGGGCCCCACUGUGAGACUGACAUCAAUGAAUGUGACCCAGACCCCUGCCAUUACGGGACCUGCCGAGACGGCAUUGCCACCUUCACGUGCCUUUGCCAGCCUGGUUACACUGGCCACCGUUGUGACAUUAACAUCAAUGAGUGCCAAAGCCAACCGUGCAAGAACGGGGGGACGUGUCAAGACAGGAACAACGCUUACAACUGUUUGUGUCUCAAAGGGACAUCAGGCCCCAAUUGUGAGAUCAACCUGGACGACUGUGCCAGCAACCCCUGUGACUCCGGCAAAUGCAUUGACAAAAUCAAUGGCUACGAAUGUACCUGUGAGCCCGGAUAUACAGGGAGGAUGUGUAAUAUCAACAUUGACGAGUGUGCAAGCAACCCGUGCCACAACGGCGGCACCUGCAAGGACCGGAUCAAUGGCUUCACGUGCGUCUGCCCGGAAGGCUACCAGGACGCCAUGUGCCUUUCGGAAGUGAACGAAUGCAACAGCAACCCCUGCAUUCACGGGCGGUGUCACGACGGACGGAACGGCUACAAAUGCGAUUGCGCGGACGGCUGGAGUGGAACAAACUGUGACAUCAACAACAACGAGUGCGAAUCCAACCCUUGCAUGAACGGCGGCACCUGUAAGGAUAUGACCAGCGGCUAUAUCUGCACCUGCCAAGACGGAUUCAGCGGUCCCAACUGCCAGACCAACAUCAAUGAAUGUGCUUCCAACCCUUGCCUGAACCAAGGCACGUGCAUCGAUGACGUGGCUCGUUACCAGUGCAAUUGCGUCCCUCCAUACACUGGGCCCACGUGCAGGGAUGUCCUGGCCCCGUGUGCGGACGGUCCCUGCAAGAACGGCGGUCAAUGCAGAGCGUCAGAAGACUACGAGAGCUUCUCGUGCGAGUGCCCGUCUGGUUGGCAAGGGCAAACCUGCGAGAUUGACAUCAAUGAGUGCGUGAAGAGCACGUGCCGGAACGGCGCCACAUGCCAAAACACAAACGGGAGCUACCGAUGUGCCUGCAGACCGGGGUUCACGGGCCGGGACUGCGAGACGGACAUCGAUGACUGCCAACCCAAUCCGUGCCACAACGGCGGGUCCUGCUCCGACGGCACCGACACCUUCCUCUGCGACUGCCUGCCCGGCUUCCAGGGCCUGAAGUGCGAGGAGGACAUCGACGAGUGCGCCAGCGACCCCUGCAAGAACGGGGCCAACUGCACUGACUGCGUCAACAGCUACACCUGCACCUGCCCCUCCGGCUUCAGCGGGAUCCACUGCGAGCACAACACGCCCGACUGCACGGAAAGCUCCUGCUUCAACGGGGGGACCUGCGUGGACGGCAUCAACACCUUCACCUGCGUGUGUCCGGCGGGCUUCACGGGCAUCUACUGCGAACACGACAUCAACGAAUGCGACUCCAAGCCCUGUUUGAACGGCGGCACUUGCCAGGAUAGCUACGGGACGUACAAGUGCACUUGUCCGCAAGGCUACACUGGCCUCAGUUGCCAGAACCUGGUGCGCUGGUGCGACUCCUCACCCUGCAAGAACGGCGGGAAAUGCUGGCAGAUCGACAACUUGUACCGCUGCGAAUGCACCAGCGGCUGGACCGGCCUCUACUGCGACGUACCCAACGUCUCCUGCGAGGUGGCCGCUCGGCAGCAAGGGGUCGACGUAGUGUACCUGUGUCGGAACUCUGGGCUCUGCGUGGACAGAGGCAACACUCACUUUUGCCAGUGCCAGGCCGGCUACACGGGCAGCUACUGCGAGGAGCAAGUGGACGAGUGCUCCCCGAACCCGUGUCAGAACGGGGCCACUUGCACCGACUACCUCGGAGGCUACUCGUGCCAGUGCGUUGCUGGCUACCAUGGGCUGAACUGCUCGGAGGAGAUCAACGAAUGCGUGUCCCACCCCUGCCAAAAUGGAGGGACCUGCAUUGACCUCAUCAACACCUACAAAUGCUCUUGCCCUCGGGGAACUCAAGGGGUGCACUGCGAAAUCAACGUGGACGACUGCAGCCCUUCCUCGGACGCCAACACGUUGGCGCCCAAGUGCUUCAACAACGGCAAGUGCGUCGACCGGGUGGGCGGCUACAGCUGCAUCUGCUCGCCGGGCUUCGUCGGGGAGCGCUGUGAGGGGGACGUCAAUGAGUGUCUCUCCAACCCCUGCGACCUGCGCGGGACCCAGAACUGCGUGCAGCGGGUGAACGACUUCAAGUGCGAGUGCCGUCCGGGCUACUCCGGGCGGCGCUGUGAGUCCGUGGUGGACGGCUGUCGGAACAAGCCCUGCAGGAACGGCGGGACCUGUGCCGUGGCAAGCAAUACUCUGCACGGCUACAUCUGCAGAUGCCCUCCUGGCUUGGACGGCGCCACCUGCGAGAACGACCUGCGCAGCUGCGGGGCGCUGCGGUGCCUGAACGGCGGGACCUGCGUCUCGGGGGCCCCGAGCUCCAAGUGCCUGUGCGCCCCGGGCUUCACGGGCCCCGAGUGCCGCUUCCCCUCCCACAGCCCCUGCCGCUCCGGCCCCUGCUACAACGGCGGCACCUGCCAGCCCGCCAAGGAGCCGCCCCACUACCGCUGCAACUGCCCCGUCAACUUCAACGGGCUCAACUGCCACAUCUUGGACUUUGAGUUCCUGGGGGGCGUGGGCCAGGACAUCGCCCCGCCGCCCCUGCAGGAGCGCUGCGAGAUCCCCGGCUGCGGCAGCCACGCCGGCAACGAGAUCUGCGACGGGCAGUGCAACAACCACGCCUGCGGCUGGGACGGCGGCGACUGCUCGCUCAACUUCAACGACCCCUGGAAGAACUGCUCUCAGUCCCUGCAGUGCUGGAAGUACUUCAACGACGGCAAAUGCGACGCCCAGUGCAACAACACGGGCUGCCUCUACGAUGGCUUUGAUUGCCAGAAGGUCGAGGGGCAAUGCAACCCUCUGUACGACCAGUACUGCAAAGACCACUUCUCCGACGGCUACUGUGACCAGGGCUGCAACAACGCCGAGUGCGAGUGGGACGGCCUCGAUUGUGCCGACACGCCCGAGAAGCUGGCGGACGGCACCCUGGUGGUGGUGGUCUUGACCACGCCGGAGACCCUGCGCAACAUCUCCUUCAACUUCUUGCGGGAGCUCAGCCGCGUCCUUCACACCAACGUGCUCUUCAAGAAGGACGCCAAGGGCGAAUAUAUGAUCUUCCCCUAUUAUGGGAACCCAGAGGAGUUGAGGAAGCACCACAUGCAGAGGUCCACCGAGAGCUGGCCGGAUGUGUCCGACGUGGUCCUGAGGAUGAAGUCCUCUCUCUACUCGAGGGUCGGCGGGAGGCAAAGAAGGGAGCUGGACCAGGUGGAAAUUAUCGGAUCUAUCGUUCACCUGGAGAUCGAUAACCGCCAAUGCAUCCAGUCCUCUUCUCAGUGCUUCCAAAGUACCACAGACGUCGCGGCGUUCCUGGGAGCUCUGGCUUCUCUUGGCAACUUAGACAUCCCUUACAAAAUCGAAGCUGUUAAGAGCGAAACGACCGACCAGCCGCAGAGCACCCCGCUGUAUCCUAUGUACGUGGUCGUGCCGGCUGCCUUCCUCCUCCUCUUCAUCGUCGUGGGCGUCUUGGCAUCUCGCAAGCGACGGAGAGAACAUGGCCAGCUCUGGUUCCCCGAGGGGUUCAAAGUGACGGACUCGAGCAAGAAGAAACGCCGGGAGCCGCUGGGGGAGGAUUCCGUGGGGCUGAAGCCUUUGAAAAAUGCUUCGAACGGCACCUUGAUGGACGGCAACCAGAACGAAUGGGGCGAUGAAGAGACACUAGACACCAAGAAGUUCAGGGUGGAAGAGCAGGCGAUGUUACCUGACGUGGAUGACCAGACGGACCACAGGCAGUGGACCCAGCAGCACCUCGAUGCGGCGGACUUGCGCAUUUCUUCCAUGGCACCCACCCCACCGCAAGGGGAGAUUGAUUCAGACUGCAUGGAUGUUAAUGUGCGGGGGCCAGACGGAUUCACGCCGCUCAUGAUCGCUUCGUGCAGCGGCGGAGGGCUGGAGACGGGCAACAGCGAGGAGGAGGAAGACGCCCCCGCGGUCAUUUCGGACUUCAUCUACCAAGGGGCCAAUUUGCACAACCAGACGGACCGCACGGGAGAGACGGCGCUGCACCUGGCCGCCCGCUACUCCCGCUCGGAUGCCGCCAAGAGGCUCCUGGAAGCCAGCGCGGACGCCAAUAUCCAGGACCACAUGGGGAAGACGCCGUUGCACGCGGCGGUCUCGGCGGACGCUCAGGGCGUCUUCCAGAUUCUGAUCAGGAACAGGGCCACUGACCUGGAUGCGCGCAUGCACGACGGGACGACGCCCCUCAUCCUGGCUGCCCGCUUGGCCGUGGAAGGCAUGCUGGAAGAUCUCAUCAGCUGCCACGCAGACGUCAACACGGUGGAUGACCUAGGGAAGUCGGCGCUGCACUGGGCUGCUGCCGUGAAUAACGUGGAUGCCGCUGUGGUGCUACUGAAGAACGGGGCCAAUAAGGACAUGCAAAACAACAAGGAAGAGACCCCCUUGUUCCUGGCCGCCAGGGAGGGCAGCUACGAAACCGCCAAGGUCCUCCUGGACGGCUUCGCCAACCGGGACAUCACGGACCACAUGGACCGGCUCCCUCGCGACAUCGCCCAAGAGCGCAUGCACCACGACAUCGUGCGGCUGCUGGACGAGUACAACCUGGUGCGGAGCCCGCCCCUGCACAGCGGGCCGCUGGGGGGCCCCACCCUCUCCCCGCCCCUGUGCUCGCCCGGCGGUUACCUCGGCAACCUGAAGCCCGCCCUGCACGGCAAGAAGGCCCGCAAGCCCAGCACCAAGGGCCUGAGCUGCCACGGGAAGGACGGCAAGGACCUCAAAGCCCGCCGGAAGAAGUCGCAGGAGGGCAAGGGCUGCCUGCUGGACAGCUCCGGCGUGCUCUCGCCCGUGGACUCCCUGGAGUCGCCCCGCGGGUACCUGUCGGACGUGGCGUCGCCGCCCUUGAUGGCCUCCCCCUUCCAGCCGUCCCCUUCCCUGCCUCUCAACCACCUGCCCGGCAUGCCGGAGGCCCACCUGAGCAUGAACCAUCUCAACCUGGUGGGCAAGCCGGACAUGGGCCUGGGCGGCAGCCGGAUGCCGGCCUUCGACCCGGUGCCCCCGCGCCUCUCGCACUUGCCCGUCUCCAGCCCCAGCACCGUCAUGGGCGGCGCGCCCUUGAGUUUCACCGUCAGCGGAGGGCCCGGCCUCAACGGACAGUGCGACUGGCUCAGCCGGCUGCAGAGCGGCCUGGUGGCGAGCCAGUACAACCCCCUGCGGGCCGGCCUGCCGCCCGGGGCCCACCCGCAGAGCCAGGCCCUGCCGCACGGGCUGCUGACCUCCCUGCACAACGGCCUGCCCACCACCGCCUUGUCCCAGAUGAUGAGCUACCAGGCUCUUCCGAAUGGCCGCCUGCAGCCCAACGCCCAGCCCAACACCCACCUCCUGCCGGCACAGCAGCAGCAGCAGCAGCAGCAGCAGCAGCCCCCGCCGCCCCACAACGCCGCCGGCCCCCAGGUGGGCCCAAACUUCCUCGGGAACGAGUUGAGCCAACCGGAGCUGCAGCAAGUCAACGGGGGCGCCCUGGCCGUCCACGCCAUCAUGCCUCAAGACACCCAGGUGCUCACCACCUCGCUCCCCUCGGCUCUCACCCAGCCCAUGACCACCACCCAGUUCCUCACACCGCCCUCGCAGCACAGCUACUCCUCCGCGUUGGACCACACGCCCAGCCACCAGCUGCAGGUGCCCGACCACCCGUUCCUCACGCCUUCUCCCGAGUCUCCUGACCAGUGGUCCAGCUCAUCUCCCCAUUCCAACCUCUCCGAUUGGUCGGAAGGCAUUUCAAGCCCACCCACCAGUAUGCAGCCGCAAAUGGGACACAUCCCGGAAGCCUUCAAGUAACAGGAGCAAUCACCUGGGCGGCCUCCCGGCAGCGGCUGAAGCCCCGGAACGAGGGAUUUCUCGUGCAGAGAGAGAGAGAGAGAGAGAGAGAGAGAGAGAGAGAGAGAGAGACACAC